CUCCUUGGCGUGUUACUGUAUGUACACUGCCAACACAACUGCAACGAUGAGGGCGUACCUUUAGCUGAAAACUAGUCGGACAGCUCCUCCAAGACAACUGUUUUGCAGUUAUAUAUUUAAUAGGGUGUUCAAAGUCAUGAGUGGUACAGUCCGACAGAUCGCUCUAACGUCCGAUCCAGACACCCCCUACUUCCUGCGAGUGGACUGGGCUGUAGACCUGGGUGCUGGGUUCACAUUAGCUCUCACUGAUGGUAACUCAGCAUGGAUUGGAGAAGUUUCAGAAGAUGAGGUGAUGAAGGAGGCCAGUGAUAUGGAAGUCACAAGAGAAAGAUAUGUUGAGGAUCUUCUUCGAGCAUUGACGGGAGCAGAAGGAGUAACAGGAGGAGUAAGAAGAGGAGGUGAUAAGACCAUGUAUUCCUUCCACCUCACUCCAGAUCACUGCCAUCUCUCAUAUCAAAAGAUCUGUAAUGACAUCUCGGUGCACUUGGGUUCUGUAGAGCUCCAGCCAGCUCCAGACCCUUUACAGCUGAACCGGGAGAUGAUUGGCGAGUCCCUUCAGCGCAGCACAAAUCUGGAGUCAGAAAACUGCCAGCUGUUGGAGGAGAAUCGUAGACUGAAACAGGAGCACCAGAGAAUUCUUCGAGAACUGGAGCAACAGGUUCAGGAAAAGGAGACGCUGGAAAGUGAGCUGUACUCACGUUUUGUCAGGGUGCUGAAUGAGAAGAAGGCAAAGAUCAGAGGCCUGCAGGAUGAUCUGCAGCACCUCCAACAGGCUGAUGACCAGCAGAGAGAUGAAGAGGGGGUUCAAAGUGACAAUGACACAACUCAUGAAGAUGAGAAUCAAGAUGGAGAAGCAGAGUCAGUGCCAAGCCUUCAUCCAUCUCAGGAGCCAACUAUCCUCAUUACAGGUCGUAAUCUGGUGUGCCAAGGCAUCUCCCUGGACCGCACUUUUUCUGAUGAUGAUGAUGAUGAUGAACAGCCAAGUCGGAAAAGGAGGUUGAUUCACACGCCAAGCUCAGAGCCUUCCAUACCACAGUAAAAACACAGAUGUUCUGUGGACCAAACCACUGGCGGGGUGUUUCUCAGAGGGUUAAUAGGAUUGUGUCUUCACCUCUUCACCUCUUCUUCUACCUCUACUACCACUUUCAGGUCCUGAGGUCAUCACAGUGUGUCUUCACACUGACAGUAAUGAACCUAUGGGACCUAUUCAGGGUCUCCGUCUGACCAUUCUACCUUUGACUUCUGGACCUUCCUGCUGUCUUUUAUGAUUUUGAUGAUACCUAUAUGUCUGCUGAAGACCACGGGUGGCCGCCAGGAUAAUCCCACAACACGUGCUUGCUGUUAUAGUAAUCCUCAAAGGAAUGUCACACUUUUCUCUUAUACACUUAAGACAUUUUUUAAAAAGAGAUGACCUGAUUUGUUUCCCUGGAUGAUGUAAAACAAGAGCAUGAAAACAAUGAUGGAGGACCACAGAAAUAGGUUCAUUUUUGCUAGAUAUUUCUUGUGUCUUUCAAACAAUUAAAAUGGCAUGUAAUCAGUAAUGCAGAGCAUUCCAACCAUGUUUGUUCAUUACUUAGUUUCAGUGUUGAAUUUUCUGAUAUUGAACUGAUGUGAUUUUGAUUUAUUUUUUAAUUGCACUCUGUCUUUCAGGUCAAUAUGUUUAAUGAUGACUUGGAGUCAUUUGCUUGUUUGAUAUGCUUUUACAUAUAAAAUGAAAUUUGUGAAAAAUGCUCUAAUUACUUUAUUUGUGAAGUAUUAUAUGUAUGCCAUCAAUCGUGAAAUGUCUGAUAAGACCAGUCAUGUUAAUUGCCCUUGACUAAAAUAAACGUUUGCAUCUAAA